AUGAUUGCCGGUAUCGACCUUGUAGCAAGUUGCCUGAGAAGGUUCACCAACGAUUUAAAAGUACACUUCGAAGAUAAAGUAAAUUCCAAUGAACUCAUAGAUCCAACAAAAACCAAUCUAAUAUCAUCAGAACAACCACAAUCAGAUCGAGUCGAAUCGGACAUUGUACAAAAGGGCGAGCAGCUAUCGUUUCCAGCGCACCUAGAACAACAACCUAAUCCAUUCCCAGUUCUUCCAGCACAAGAACAACAACAAGAAGAUAACUCUACUGCUAAACAUCAUCAACCGUCUGUUAUGCAACACAAACAGGAACGCCAACAAAGAUCAAAUUGUGCUAUUAUAAUUGGUGCAAUUGUAUUUUUUGUUGGAUUAUUUUCCGCUGGAUUAGCUCUUCCUCAACCACGAUUACUUAAAUACAAUGAUGGUUCUCUACGGACCACUGCUAUAACCAUUGGUUCUAUUGCUGUGAUCUUUCUUGCCUUUGUCGUUUCUGCUUGGUCUCAGAACAACAAACAAAAAUCAAAAAAAUAUGGCGAUAGCUUAACAAGUACUAGUAGUUCAUUAGAAUCGGGACGAAGUACAUUAAAUACUAUAUCAUCGUCAUUAACAUCAUUUGAUUCAUCAAAAUCAUUACCCGCGUACUCGAACAUCCGUUUUGCCAAAUGUUAG